AUGGACAUUCGACAAGAUAUGGUGGUGAGCGAAGCUCUGUUGUCCACCAAUUCGAACCCCUGCUCUGGAGUAUCAGGCACGAAUUUCAACAAGUUCGACGUAGCGUCCACAGUCACUGCCAGCCCACUCGACAGCGACAGCACUUUGGGAUUUUACGAGACGGUGCAGUCCCCAUUACCGACCGUCUACGAACAGAGGGUCAACUAUCAAUCGCGUCGCAGCUUGGCGCUCCUGAUCAACUACUUCGCUGCUGGACUAUUCCACGGUGUCGUGCCAGCUCUGGUAUACCCGUUGUUCAAGAUCCGCUUAGGGCUGCAAGGUUACCAAACAAAUGCAACACAGACAUUACUGGGAUACGGAUUUCGUACAUUUACAUUGGUUGGACGCUCGUACUGUUCAUUCUCGGUUUAA